CACUGAACAAAAGUGAAAGCAGUAUAUCACGCACUUAAUGCAUCACGAUUCGAGUUUUGAUGUUAGCCAAGCAGAGAGCUGACUCUUGCCUCAAAAUGCGUUUUUCCUCAUUUUAUGUAAGCAUAUAUAUAUUAUAAUCGGCAUCUAGCAAAAUUAUUAGCUUUCUUGUCAGGAGCUCUUCGGUGAUGUUUACAAUCCUCGUCUUCCUUUGGAUGGUUUAUGGGCUGGAGGGAGCUGAUGUGGUCCUGUCCUGCUCUCUGAUCGAGGAAGGGGGCGGGAUGGGGGGCAUGAUGGGCGGGGCGAUGUUCAAGCGCAUUCCCUCCACUCUGGUCUUCAAGGAUCUUGUUGGGAAUGACGGUCUGUCACCAGAGCUCGUGACCCCAUAUAACCCCCCUGAGACCCCUAAUGCUGACAAUCUGAUCUUUGAGUUAACGUUACCAUCCAUUCAGAUUCCUAAUGCAGACUUGCUUCUUCACGCCGAUUGCAAUGAACAGGAGGUGGUUUGUGAGAUCAGCCGUUAUGUUCCUCGCGGUGCUGAACUAGAUACGCUACCCGCUCAUUUCAUCGGCUCAGUUCAGCUGGAGGGUGGCGGCAUCAGCCUCACUCUGGUGCUACAGACCCUUCACAAUGAGACCACACAAUCUGACACGCAACCGCUGAUGCAGAGUAAUCUGAACCUGCCACUCAGCCAAUCAGGAACAUUGCUGACAGAGGUUGUGUUUGUGGUGUUUUCACGCGUUCCAUCCAUCAUGGCUCCAAUCGGUGGUGAUGUGCUGUUAGACUGUGGCUUUAGACAGAAGAACUCCAUCCCUGGGCAGGAUGUGGCACUUGAGUGGCGCAUACAACACAGAGGAAAUGGACGUAAAAUUCUUGAUAUAAAAGCGAGGGAAAUAGAGACAGACGUGGGACAAGAUUUGUUUGUGGACCGGGAAGGCACAAGCGCUGAGGCAGAUCUUCUGGUGAGGGACGGUAAUGCGUCUCUGACUCUGAAGAGGUUAAAGGUCAUAGAUGAGGGCACAUACAUCUGUACGGUCGGCUCUGGGGAGUUUCAGACUCAACAGAUCGUGCAGCUGCACAUCACACAACCUCCCCGUAUCGCACUAUCUGAGGAGAAACUGGUAUUUCAGGAUUCAAAACCCCAGAAACUGAGCUGCCAUUGUCAUCGCUACUAUCCUCUGGAUGUGCAGGUGGAGUGGUUUUCCCAGGCGCCCUCUGAAGAAGAGCCUGUCUCUUUGUCAGAAGAAUCCUCCCUCUCCAGUCAUCAGCAGCACAGUGAUGGAACAUUUUCCCUCUCCUCUCACCUCACCCUACGGCCCGACAAAAACCCACCCGGGACGGUUAUCACCUGCAGGGUCUCUCAUCUAGCCCUGGAAACUCUGAGUGAUGUCACUCUGACUGUGGACAAACCUAAUCCAGACACAGUCUUCUGGACAGUAGUCUUGAUGUUGGCGAUAUCCGUGGUGUUUUUGUCUCAAGCAUUCAGAGGUGCAGGUGCAGAGAACUGAGGAGCAGUCUUCUGUGGGAUCUCCUGGAACGAGCCAUCUUACGUCUGUUUUUGUUUUCAAAUG